UCAAGUGAUUUGGCGGAUUAGUCGAGUAAACACCACCUAUCAGUCUAUCACAACCAUCAAGUGAUAGAAAGAGCGGGCCACUCUGCAUCAUUUCAGUCCAUAAAGAUUAUCUAUGGUGUUUAUUUAGUGUUCAUCUUCCACCUCUCUCUCUUCCUCUCUCUUCCUUCAUUGGGUAAGAUUUGUCCUUUUUCUCUCUUGUUUUUCAUGCUCAUUAUUUUUUGUGAAGAAAAAAGGCCAAAACUUUGUUAAUUUCAGUGAAUUUUGCAUCUGGGUUUUUCAUUAUUUAGUGAAUUCAUGGCUUGUUCUAUGCUAAAUGGUGCUGAUAAACUUGCCCUAAUCAGUGGAAUUACCCCAAAUAGGCUAGGAUUUUCUGGGUCAGAUUUCAAUAGCAAGUACCAAAUUCCCAAAUUAAGUUUAGUCCCAAGUCCCAGAAAUUUGAGGUCAAAAACCCUAAUUACAAAAUGCAGUGUUUCAGCUUCAAGACCAUCUUCUCAACCUAGGUUUAUUCAGCACAAAAAAGAGGCAUUUUGGUUUUACAGGUUUUUGUCAAUUGUUUAUGACAAAAUCAUAAAUCCUGGACAUUGGACUGAAGAUAUGAGAGAAGAUGCUUUAGAACCUGCUGAUUUGAAUAAUAGGAAUAUGUUGGUUGUUGAUGUUGGUGGUGGAACUGGGUUUACUACAUUGGGAAUUGUGAAACAUGUUGAUGCUAAGAAUGUUACAAUUUUGGAUCAAUCACCUCAUCAACUUGCUAAGGCAAAAGAGAAGGAGCCUUUGAAAGACUGUAAAAUUAUUGAAGGUGAUGCUGAAGAUCUUCCAUUUCCUACUGAUUAUGCUGAUAGAUAUGUUUCUGCUGGAAGUAUCGAGUACUGGCCUGAUCCACAACGAGGCAUAAGGGAAGCAUACAGGGUGCUAAAAUUGGGAGGCAAAGCAUGCCUGAUUGGUCCUGUUUAUCCAACAUUCUGGCUUUCUCGCUUUUUUGCGGAUGUCUGGAUGCUCUUUCCAAAGGAGGAAGAGUAUAUUGAAUGGUUUACGAAAGCAGGUUUUAAGGAUGUUCAAAUUAAAAGGAUUGGCCCUAAGUGGUAUCGUGGGGUUCGGCGUCAUGGGCUCAUUAUGGGCUGCUCUGUGACAGGUGUGAAACCUGCUUCUGGAGAUUCUCCCUUGCAGCUUGGUCCAAAAGUUGAGGAUGUGCAAGAACCAGUGAAUACAUGGGUGUUUCUCUAUCGUUUCAUCCUCGGAGGGCUGGCAUCAAUAUACUAUGUACUGGUUCCCAUCUACAUGUGGAUCAAGGACAAAAUUGUUCCAAGGGGACUACCAAUAUAAGGUAUGGUAUGACAGCAAGGGAAUUGUGAGUUCGGAUAUGAAACUGUUCAUGGACGAGGUUGAUUUCACAUCUACAACAUUUUAAUAAAUAUGUAGAUCUUGGUGGUAGCUAUGUAAUUAGAGUUAUGAAACUGUUUGAGCAAGUCCCGUUGCAUUUUGGAAUAGUUAGCUGGAGAAACUGCACUUAAUUAAUAUUAGUAUUGUUAUCA